AGUGCAGCGAGAUUGGAUUUGAAGACCCCCAACAGAUUUGUAUUAUCACAAAAUCAGGCAAAUGGUGGGUCAAGUGUGCAGGGUGGUUCAAAGAGGAUGAACGCAACCUGUAGUGUGAAGAGCCAGGAACUACAAAUUAAAAGGGACUGCAAAGAAGUGAUUAGACAAUCUUUGACAUCGGAGAGCCAGGGCACCUGCCUGAAGGGCAGAGCUGCCCAUGUUGUCAGACAAUCAAAGCCGAGUUCUACGAACCUUUUGGCAAGGAACAAAUCUAAUUCUGAUGGUGCGUCUGAAGUUCAGCUCACAAAUACCAUCCAAAGGAACAAACCAAAGGAGGAAAAAGGGGACAGAAGGUGGAAGGGGCCUCAAGGACCUAGUACCAAGAUUGUUGCUCCUCUCACUGGAAAUCUCAGGACAGGAAAUAAAAAGGAAUUUCCCUCCCGAACUGGUGAGGAAUCAAAUAAUCGGAGGGAACCCCAACUCAAUAUGUCACGGGAUGGGAGGAAGCCAAGGCGAGAAACACCACGAUGGCAAUGAUUUGUCUGAAGAUGCAAAGCCUCAGGUGUUCCCAUUAAAAGGAAUCAAUCAUCAGAUAGCUGCAAUCAUGCAUAAUGCAGUGUGCGGUUAACUAGUUAUAAUACCUGUUUUCUCUCCUAGUUAAAAUGGCUGCUGCUGUCAAGUGGUACAUAUCUGUAGUCUGUGUAACUUGCUGUAUCAUAUAUGCCAUAAAAGGCUGUAAUUUAGAUCUUGUAUUGCUUUGGAGCGUUGA